GUUGGUCGUGUGGAGCCUGUUACAGCGAUAGUUGCUAUGGGUCUUCGAACGGUAUCUCGUAUGUCCCUCAGAUAUAUACCUAGAUAUGUGGAAAAGUCGCUAUAUCGUAUGGCAGUCACGUUUCCUGCUGCAGGGUUGGUUUGACGACACGGUUUACACAAGCCGGCCAGCGGAAAGAACACAAACAGACUGACCUGGAACAACAUUUGUCUGACUUCACUGGCCCGUGUGAUAGGAGAGUUCAGUUCUUUUGGCAAAGGUACGACUACGAGAAAAGCAGGUUGGAAAUUUCGCCCUUCUCUCAAAUCCUCUGACUCCCGUUGUUGUGUGUGAAGUUAGGGCGUCGCCAAGAAAAGGCCGAGGCUUGAUUUUUAGGAACUGACCGCAUGGUGGACACUGGACAAGGAGUGUAAGAGGCGGGAGAAUUAUGGAGAAUCUGAGCGUGGCUGUGACUGACAAUACAACGGUACUACCAAGCGGCGGGGAGACCGGAGCUCGGGCCCCGUACGGAGGGAAGACUCUGUCCGCUGCCGUCCUUGUCGGCACGUUCCUCGGAAUUAUCACUCUCGGGACCAUAAUAGGAAACGUCCUGGUCUGCUUAGCUGCUGUGGUGAACCGGAGACUCCGAAACAUCACCAACUACUUCGUGGUGUCGCUCGCUGUAGCGGACCUGCUAGUCGGGGUGCUCGUGCUUCCGUUCAGUACAAUAUUUGAAGUGACCCGAUACUGGAACUUCGGGCUGAUCCUGUGCAACUUGUGGGUGUCGCUGGACGUGCUCUGCUGUACCGCUUCCAUUCUCAAUCUAUUCGCCAUCAGUUUGGACAGAUAUUACGCCAUCACUCGCCCCUUUACCUACAGUAACAAGAUGUGCAGACGGAAAGCUUUCAUGGCCAUCGCUGUAGUCUGGAUCGUGUCUCUGCUGGUGUCGUUCCUUCCUAUCUGGGUCGGGUGGAACACGGAGGACGGUCGGCUUCAGAACGUAGACGACCCGACCCAGUGUAGCUUCAACAACACUAACGUGCCCUACAUCAUGAUCGUGGCGUUUGGCACCUACUACAUCCCCCUCAUCAUCAUGUGUGUCACCUACUUCAGAAUAUUCCUCAUCGCGAAAGAGCAGGCGAAUCGCAUCAACGCCCUGCAGCCGGAGGUUCGCGACGCGAAUCGGCGACAGAAUCAAAACUUGGCAAACGAACACAAGGCGACGCGAACUCUAGCCGCCGUUCUGGGAGCCUUCAUAAUCUGUUGGACUCCUUACUUCACAGUCUUCACCAUCACCCCGUUGUGUGGCUGUACAAUCCCCGAGCAGCUCUACUCCGUGGUGCUUUGGCUUGGUUACAUCAACUCUCUGCUAAACCCGUGUGUUUACGCCUUCAUGAACAAAGAAUUUCGCAGAGCGUUCAAAAAACUGUUAUGCUUCCAAACCGGCAACAGCGUGUGUUUCUGUAACAACCCUCGGAACUGGGGACUGGACACGCCGACAACUUCAACCGCUCCCCGCCAAUCAUGAACCAUCACAGACCAGCAGGUUCGGGACCGUUAAUACUGAGAACAAUCAAUUCUGCUGCAUUUGUUGACGAAAACUUUCAAGGUACAUUGGAAAAAUAUCAUGUAUCAAAUGCAACCGAAAAAAAAUCACUUAUAAGAUAAUGUAAAAAGAAAGAAGAAACUUGCGAAGAAUUGAAUUGAAGAGAUGUUUAAGUCUGUAUUUUUGUGGUAAAUGUAAAGAAAUAUGACGAACGUAUACGUAACUUAUUCUUAGUACAUGUAUCAAUGUUACAAGAGAUAUACUGGUACAAAACGACAAACUCAAAGCAACAGAAAAAUGUUAUUUUAGCAUUUCUUGGUACGUCAGGGCCAUAUAUACGUACACAUGCGUGAUUGUAGGAUAUUAUUGUAUAUGAGUGAUGUGGAUGUACUAGUAAUAUACGCCCUCUAUCUUGCCAAAAACCGUAUACCCAAAAUACGUGUUUAUCGUAAAGAAUCUCUACGUUCUCAGGAAUGAGACGCAACCAUUGUUGUUGUUGUUGUUGUUGUUAUGGAACUUACUCUAAGCAUUUACUGUUUCUCUGUACAGGAGUCAAAAGGAUGUACAUGUACACCUGAACUGUAACUAACGUGGGUUUUGUUUGCUGCGAUUAAAAAUAACCCCCUAUUUGUUCUAUCAACAAAAAUCACCCAAAGAAAGAACACUCUAUGUCGUCAUAUAUUUCCCAACAAAGAAGUGUGGAAAUUUUAGGUUGUAUCAAAGGACUUUGCUGUGCAAUUCUUGAAUACACACAUUUUCAAAGCCUUGACAUCGAGGUAUUUUUCUGUACACACAGGGUUGAUAGCUUAGAUAAUUAUAUACGAAGUACUUUGACCUCUGUAGUCUAAUAUUUGUUACAGGGUAGGUGUGUUGUAUGUACCGGUCACCAUGGACACAAUCCGGCCAGUUAGGCACACUGUUGACCUAACCGGUGUGGCCGGUCAGAUUAAGACGUAAACCAGGCCAUUGUUUGUGGCAUUUUGUUGCACAACAUGUACAUUAACUGCCUUUAAUGAACACGAGUUGCCCUCGGAGGUGUUUUAGCGGUAGUUUAGACCCCACACAAGUUAAGUAUGAAUUGUCCGCGAUGUGUAUUUAUCUAUUGUGAACUUUGUAACCUAUGUCAGAGAUCUAUGGAUAUAGCUAAUAAAAUAUUUGA